AUGGCUCCGUCGACGCCAGACGUCCAUGCCGAGCCGCAGUGGCUAGUGCAUGCGCUGCGCACGGAAAUCAGUGGUGCCGAUGUGCGCAGCAGGCUGGAGCAUGAAUGGCGGACUCAGCCUGCGCAUGCACGCAUCGCUAUUGCCGAGCUAAUGCGUGAGUAUAUCCUGCAGCAAGAUGUAUCGUGCGCACGCAUAGCCGAGGCACUUGCCAUCACUGAGACGUCUUGGUGUGAUGUUAUUCUUGACACAUGCUGGGCCCUUGAUGCUGAGAUGGAAGUGCGAUGUGACGGAAAUCUGCCUUUAGAAACAGCACGCUCACGACUCGCUGACGUGGUCAGAGCCUUUGUUACAGGGGGUCUGUUGACGGCCAAGCUCGUUGCAUCUCGUCUCGAUGCAGCGCUUCUUGGCGCCAUCGGUCUGUUGGAUGCGAAUGUGUUUCAACGGCGAGGUAUCCAAAUCCGCACGGCCACAUUUUUUAAGCAGCCCAAGUACAAUUUAUUGCGAGAAGAAAAUGCAGGCUACGCUGCCUUGUUUAUGAGUCUUGAGUCGUGCAUUGGACCUGCUAUGUAUGCUGAUGGCGAUACUGUUGUUGAAAGCGAGACCGCACGAGAUCGAGAUGCACGCGCCGAGUCGUGGCUCCAGACAUCCAUGCUCGAGUGUAUCGGUCGCUUUGGUCUCGAUGCAGUGCGUGUGCUGGACAUCAUUCUUGCAUCUUUCUGUGCGCACGCCGUCCAUCAUUAUCCCUUCUUUUUGAGUGUGAUGCGCCGCGUUCCGUGGAGCAGUGCGCGUAUCGCCGAGGUGCUUGGCUUCCAAUAUGCCCAUUAUACACAUCCGGACACGCGCGAAUCGACGCCAGAGGAGCUAUACCUACUAACAGCGCUAUUGAUACGCGAGAAAGUCGUGUCUUUCGCUCAGAUGCUGGCAUAUGUAUCGCCAGACGAUACCAUACAAAAGCUUAAGCAGGCACAUGAUGAGGCACUGACCUCCAAAACGGCCACGGUCGGGGCCAAUGCAUUGACGAUGGCCGCGCCGCUGAUCGAUGAUGAUCAUGACUCAUCAGCUGCAAGUAGCACGACGCCAGCAAAUACAGUCGAUGCAGCGCCGCCGCCGCCACCUAGCCCCCAAGGCAUAUUUCUUAUUCGUGCGCUUCUUCGAUGUGGCGCAUUAGACGAAGUGCGCGGCUUUCUUGCAGCCCAUCCAUGGAUUUUUGGUGCAUAUCCCAGCGUCACACAUGCUUAUUUGCGCCUUGUAUGGUAUCGCCUUGAUACACCUGCCUUCCGAGAUGCCGUGACCCGAUUCGCGAGGACUGGAAACGAUCAGACAUCGGAGUUGACGAUGUAUGUGCCUGAACCGCAUGCAACUCGCACGCAUCGCUACAUUUUUUGUGUGCGCGACUGGGCUCAUGGACAUGCGCCACUGAACCAAGUGGAAGAGGUGUUUGAGCUCUUGUCUCCUCUUGGUGUAUACGUGUGUCAAGACCGACGCCUAUUGCAGCUUUUGUGUCGCGUAUGUGCUCAGGCGCCGAGCAAAGAAGCGUGGAUGCCAUUCUUGCGAACGCAAGUGCUGCCUGCCGUGACGCUUGCUAACGGCGGUGCGCCACUGCUGUAUGAGCUGUGGGAAUGUAUACAAACCCUUCCGUAUCCUCAGCGAUACAGUCUUUACGGAGAAUGGAAACAUCGAAGCACUAAGCGACCCGAGCUACGGUACGCCAAAAUGCAGACUGAGCGUGAAGCGCGCGGAAUUUUGCGGCGCAUCAGCUCUGACAAUGUGCGUGCGAGCGGUCGGAGUCUAGCCAAGGCAGCGCACGCGCAUCCCACUGUCUUUUUCGAGGUGGUGCUACACCAGAUUCAGUCGUAUGACAACUUGAUCGAGCCGGUCGUUGAUUCGGCAAAGUAUUUGACACCUCUUGAAUACGACGUGUUGACGUAUGCUUUGCUCGAGGCACUGAGUGAUCCGGGGAAGGCGCGGACGAAGCAGGACGGCACGAAUACAAGCUUGUGGCUUAAGAGUCUCGCUUCAUUUGCCGGCGCACUUUUCCGUAAGUAUGCCGCGAUGGACUGUACACCUAUCCUGCAGUACCUCGCCAACCGGCUGCAUGAGGGCCAGGUGGCCGAUCUAAUUGUCCUGUCUGAGCUCAUACUCAAAAUGGCUGGUAUCGAGCCCAUGGGCGAAUUGUCAGAUGCUCAAAUGGCGGCGUUGUCAGGUGGACCGCUGCUUCAAACAGAGGCGCAUCUCACGCUUAUUCCAGGAACGACGCCCGCCGCUGUGUUACUUGCACGCAACAGCCUUAAAAAGGGCGCGAUGCGUUUGUACCGUACGCUGAUGCAAAACCGACUUGCCGUGCCGCUGCUGAUUCUUGUGGCCCAGCAGCGCGAGGCAUGCGUCUUUUCGGACGAUGACGUACACAUAAAGUCGCUCAGCAGCACGUUUGAUACGUGCGUUUCCAUCUUGCUGCAAUACACUCACUUCCUCAUGUCACAGGGUACGAGUGAGUAUGCACAGCUGGUGCCAAGCCCAUCUGCAUGGAUACGUCGCUUUGGCGUGGACGUCCCUAUAGCCUACCAUCUUGGAAGGUUGUCUCCCGACACACCGGAGAACUGUGGUGUCUUGGGCCCUCUGUUUUUCGGAACAUUUUGGCAGUUGAGUCUGCCGGAUCUUGUGGUACCGAUGGAGCGAUACCAGCAUGAACUAGAUCGCCUGAAGCAAGCUGUGCAGCAUGUCGAAACAACGACAGACAUGACCGAGAGUCUUAAAACAUCGGCUCGUGUGCGACUGCAAGAAAGUAUGACUCAGCUCCAGGCGGAGCUCAAGGAGCAGACACUAGCACAUCAAGCAACACGGCGCCGAUUGCAAACAGAAAAGGGGCAAUGGUUCCAUGCUGAUAUCGAUCGUGCUCAGCUCAUCCAGCAGCUGGUGGCUCAGUGCCUGUAUCCUCGCGCGCUCUUUUCGCCAACGGACGCUGUGUUUGCGGCGCGAUUCCUGCGGACGAUUCACACGCUCGGUACGCCUCAUUUGCCGACGCUGGGUGUCUACGACACGCUCCUUACUCAGCACGUCGCACCGACCCUAUUUCUUGCCACCGAGAACGAGGCACGAUCGUACGCCCGAUUCCUGUAUACGGUGCUACACGACCUACAUGCAUGGCUCGUAUCACCCGACGCGUACGACAAAGAGGCUAUUGGGUCAGAUGUGACUGGCUUUUCAUUGGCAUGGCACGGCAUGCGUGGCAUGCACACACGCCCAGACGAGCAGCCCUUGUCUUUUACAGCGUUCAAGGCAUGCAUGUUGCAAUGGCACUCGUCUCUCUAUGAAGCGUUUUCCGCCUGCUUUGGCGUCGAGUACAUGCGCAUGCGAAAUGCGAUUGUCGUACUCAACCGCCUCUCUGCCUUCUUUCCACUGUACCGCGAUCAUGGCCAGCGGCUGUUGCAGGUCGUGCAGCACGUCGUGGCUACGGAGCAUCGUGGCGACCUCAAGGUACUGGCACAGGGACUCGCUGCGACCCUCGAGAAGCACGCGCCUAAGUGGGUCGACGUGACCUAUUUCCGUCCCUUAACGAAAGAGGAACGAGCCAGAGUACGUGAAGAGGCCCGUCUCGAGGAAGAACGCAAAGAAGAAGAGCGUAAAGAAAAGGCUCGUCGUGAAGAAGAGCGCAAAGAAAAGCUGCGUCGUGAAGAAGAACGAAAGAAACAGGCUCGCGAGGAAGAAGCUCGUCGCGAAGAGGAGCGCCGCGAGAGAGCCCGUCAGGAGGAAGUACGCCGCGAAGAGGAGCGUCAAGAAAAGGCUCGCCAAGAAGAAGCUCGACGUGAAACGCGCAAGGAGGAGGCCCAUCGCGAGCAAGCCCGUCCGAGAGACACGCACCAUGAUGAAGCUCGGAACGAAGGCCGUCGUCCAGAUGCUCGCGAGGAAUCUCGUCGCGGACCCCGCUCCCGGAGGGAUGCUCGGAGAGACGAUGAGCCUCGCGAAGUUCGGAUUCGCGGCGCGCGCGACCGACCAAAAGAAUCUAUCAAGGAGACGCCGCGGGAUGAUCCACGCUCUGAUCGGGGCUCGCGUGGCCGCUGGAGUCGAGAACGUCAGUCCUACGGGCGAUACGAUCGACAGAUGGACCGCUCGGACGAAGGAUGGCCGGAAACCAACGCUCAAUGGGGGCGCCGAAGGGUCGACGGUGCGGCGGAAGACGAACACAGCGCCCGAAAACGCUCACUCGCCGAUCGGCUCGGGUCGUCGGAAGGAGGCGCAUCGGACGCCCAAAGUACGCCGGACUCGAAGCGAAUGCGCAAAGAGCGUAUGGAUGUGCCCGAUCGUGGUCCACCAGCGCGAUCCUGGGGCCGUGGCAGUGGUCGUGCACCGACGCCGCCAAGAGACGUGCCGCCACGCGAGCACCGUGAGCGUGAUCGCCGCAAGCGACGAGCAGGGGGUGAAGGAUGA